CUCCACAUAUCCAGCUCCAAUUGUCCCUUCAGCGCUGCCACCGCCACCAACAACAAAGACCACUGGAAGAAGAAGAAGAAGAAGAAGUUUCGGCUCGAUCGGCUUCCAUUCUUGUGGCUGCGAGCAAGGUCAAGAAUGGGGGCAAGUGGAGAGUGGCAGAGGGGGCCUGUAAUUGGUCGUGGUGCAUCGGCGACGGUGUCGAUCGCCACUGACCGGCGCACGGGCGACAUGUUCGCGGUGAAGUCCGUGGAGGUGGCGCGGGCCGGUGUGCUCCGUCGCGAGCAGAGUGUGCUCUCUGCUCUGAGCUCGCCAUACAUCGUGUCGUGCUUGGGCUCCGACGUGUCGGUGGCGGCGGACGGGAGCGGCGGAAUGCGGUACGACCUGUUCUUACAGUACGCGCCGGGCGGGUCGCUGGCCGACGAGAUCAAGCGGUGCGGCGGGCGGUGCGAGGAAGCCGUGAUCCGGUCGCGCGCGGGGGACGUCCUGCGCGGACUGGCCUACGUGCACGGCGCCAGGGUCGCGCACUGCGACGUCAAGGGCCGGAACGUGCUCCUCGGCGCCGACGGGCGUGCCAUGCUCGCCGACUUUGGGUGCGCGCGCUGGACGUCGGCCGAGGACGGCAAUGCCGCCUGCGGCGCGAUGAUCAGGGGCACGCCGCUGUUUUUGGCGCCGGAGGCCGCGCGGGGCGAAGCACAGGGGACUGCGGCCGACAUCUGGGCGCUCGGGUGCACGGUCAUCGAGAUGGCCACCGGCGGCGCGCCGUGGCCGCAGCGGUUCGCCGACCCCGUCGCCGCGCUCCACCACGUCGCACACUCCGGCGACGUCCCUGAACCCCCCGCGUGGCUCUCGGACGAGGGGAAGGACUUCCUGUCCAGGUGCUUGAUCAGGGACCCGGCCGAACGGUGGACGGCGGAGCAGCUGCUGGAGCACCCGUUCGUCUCCUCCUCUACAGCCAUUCCGGUUGUCGCCUCCAAAGCCGCGCCGAUUGAGCGGAGGGUGUCGCCAAAGAGCGUCCUUGAUCAAGGCUUCUGGGAGGAACCGGACUCUGCAACCGACUCCGACACGACGGUGGCGCUCACGCCCGCCGACCGCGUCCGCGCAUUGGCGGCCGACGUCGCGCCCGACUGGACCUUGAGCGGGGAGCACUGGAUCACCGUCUGCGCCCACACAGGCAUCGCCGUCAACAACAACGACGACACGGCAGCACCUCCAAAAUCCGAUGCGGACACUGCCGUCCCUCCAGAAUUAUUCGUGGCGGGCGCCGGAAGCAGCAUGGGAGAGUCCGAGGAACACACUGGCGGCGGGGGCGAGCACAUGGGCGUCAACGCGCCCCGCGGCCACGCCUCGUCACAUGGCCACGAUCACGGCAGCUCAGCUCCUCACGGCGGCGCGAGCUCCAGCGCUGGCGCCUGCCGCAGUAACAGCGUGAUUAGCGGCAGUAACAACGACUGUACCAGUAGUAAUUCGGCAAGCACCGGCAAUAAAGGAUGCUGUCGUUCGGUAAUUAAUGCCAGCGAGUUGGUUCACUUUCGUCCCAGCUGACAA